AUGCAAACAGAAAAAUCUUUACGUGAAAGUGAAGCUGCUGAAAUUAUUGGUAAAUCACCAUUUGAUAGUCAAACUCAACAUGAAGCAAUUCGAAGAAUACGAUCAAUUCAAUUGGCAUUUCCUAUUGAAACGUCAUCUGAUCUUCGUGAUUUUAUUACGAAAUUGCUUCAUCAAAAUCCAACUGAUCAAUUGCCUUUGAAAGAUGCUGAUGCUGCACAGCAUGUUUCGAUAUUAAAAAAUACAGAUUUAGCUGCUACUGAAGAGAGCUAUCUUAAACGAAAGAAAAUAUUAAAUAGGGAAAAUUAG